AUGCAUUUCAAGGAACGAUUCUUGAGACAGGCUGAAGUCCUGCAAGAUCUAUAUGGCGUGGCCUGGUUCCAAGAUUUUGCAGUCAAGACAAAAGCAUAUGCUGCUAUUGCUAGCACCGAUACUGCUGCUCAAAACAAGUUCAAGGAUGAUAUCUUUGAAGCCGUUCUUGCAACAGGAUUUCUAUGCAACAGCAAUCGAACAAGAACAGCUCCUCUGAUGCUGGAUCUUCAGACAAACUAUUUAAGUCGGACCACAUGGGACUCUGGAUUGACAUUGACCUGGAAGCGACUCUGGGGGCCCCACUGGUGA